AUGAGGAUCAUCAAGGAUUGUUGGGAUAUCUUGUGAUCUGGAAAGACAGAUUUAGGGCAUGCGUGUGGAGGUGGAUGUCCCAAGCCAAGGAUGCUAUGCAGGGCGCACUCUCUGAGGAAAAACUGACGGCUGAGCGCGCCUGUUCUUUGUCAGGUGGAAGCCUUCCCUUUUUAUGUUGAUUCCACAUUGCCGGGUGGUCUGGGACUGAUGGGACGGGCUAAGCUAAGUCUUUCUGCACACACUCCCUCUGUCGCUGUGGAGCAUGCUUUGGAUUGUGGCUAUAAUGGAGAGCUGUUGAGGCGGUGGCGGGAAAGCCGCUGUUUGCCCAUUCCCUGACUCCACUCGGCCAGAUCCGGCAAUGAAGUGCUGGUCUUUGCUUCAGGCCUCCUCGCCUGCGAACGCACCUCUGUCGGCGGGCGCGCGCGCGCUUAUUAUGAGCUGUCAGUGGCGGCCCACUUCAGAGUAAGUCCCGUGGAAAGUCCCGUGGCCAGGAAAUGGGCAACAAGAUGAACGGAAAUAGGCCGUUUUUCUAUUUGAAUUUUAUUUGCGCUUGAUCCUGCGGCCCUUGACAACAUGAACUCCGGGACUGCGUCUGAUUUAUCGUUUUAUCCCCCACGGCAUUUGUCACUUGCCGAGGGGAGCUACAACGGGAGUCAGAUUUCAUGGCCAGUGUGGACAGCAGCUGGAUUUCAUGGGGAGUAGGUGUCUUCCUCUUGAAGCCUCUCAAAUGGACUCUUUCUAAUGUUCUGGGGGACAACAAGGUUCCUGCUGAAGAGGUGCUGGUGGCUGUGGAGCUGCUUAAGGAAAAAGCAGAGGAUGUCUAUCGUCUGUAUCAGAACUCUCCAAUCUCCUCUCAUCCUGUGGUAGCCCUGUCAGAGCUGAGCACCCUCUGUGCUAGUUCCUGCCUGGAUGAGCGAACCUUCUAUUUGGUGUUGCUACAGCUGCAGAAAGAGAAGAGAGUCACUGUUUUAGAGCAGAAUGGUGAGAAGAUUGUGAAAUUUGCCCGAGGGCUACAUGCCAAGGUCUCCCCAGUAAAUGAUGUGGAUGUGGGGGUGUACCAGUUGAUGCAGAGUGAACGGCUGCUUUCACGGAAGGUGGAGUCCCUGUCCCAGGAAGCAGAGAGGUGUAAAGAAGAUGCCCGACAAGCAUGUCGCACUGGAAAGAAGCAGCUGGCACUAAGGCAUCUCAAAUCAAAGCAGAGGACAGAAAAGCGCAUUGAGGCCCUCCAUGCCAAGCUGGACACAGUACAAGGCAUUCUGGAUCGGAUCUAUGCUUCCCAAACAGAUCAGAUGGUUUUUAAUGCCUAUCAGGCUGGUGUAGGAGCCCUCAAACUUUCCAUGAAGGACAUCACAGUGGAGAAAGCAGAGAGUCUGGUGGACCAGAUCCAAGAGCUCUGUGAUACCCAGGAUGAAGUUUCUCAGACUCUGGCUGGGGUGGGGAUAAAUGGCUUAGAUAGUGACAGUGAGGAACUGGAGAAGGAACUGGAUAUCCUCCUCCAGGACACCACCAAAGAACCUCUGGAUUUGCCUGAUACUCCCCAAAAGCCAUUCUUCUCCACCAAUGUGCCUAAUCCCAGCAUUUCAGAUGCUGAGCUUGAAGCUGAGCUGGAGAAACUGUCCCUCUCAGAAGAAGGUUUGCUUCCAAACCAUGAAUCUUCCAAAAGACAGCUGGAACCCACUCUCUAAUGUUAUCCCAGGACUUCUACAUAAGGAGAUAUCAGGCGUGCGUGUUUGUACAUAGUUAUUUAAUUGAAAAACUCUUUAAGAAUUUGAUGGGAUGGGGAAGAAAGACUACUCUAUUUAGCUGGAUACUCCCAGUUACUACAGGACAGAAGUAAUUUCUGGAAGUUUUGCUCCAAAGGCUUGCUCCCAGCUGGUGUCAUGGACCUGUCUGUCUUCUCAUCUUUAUAGUGCCACAAUCUAUGAUGUCCCGUGUUUGACCUAUUGUUCCAUAUAGCCUGCAGUCCUUAACUUUGGCCCAGUUAUGUUUGUCUUCACCCACCAACUCCCACUAGAAUUUUGUUCCAGCCAACAAAGGUGGGAGAUUGCAGACAGUUUUUCUCCUGUUGGUUAGAGGGACUUGUCAUCUUUACUUGUAGGUGUUUAUAAGUUUACUUAAAUAACUUAUUCCUACCCAUUUCCAUUUUCACUGGUGAGGAGAAUCAGACAAGUUUUAUUCAAGGGGACUUAACUGCUGCUUCUUCAAGGAGAAAACAAACAGUAUAAAAGUUUCUGCUCUUUAUUAUCAUUGCAUCAAGUUUUUUAGGCUCUGAAAUUGAGUAAUUCAAGGUGGUGUCUCCUCUGGCUCUUACUGACUCCCAUUUGAAUUUGGGGUGGCGAGACCUGGGUGAUUGUGGAGCCAUCCUUUGUGGAUUGUGGAUGGCCAGGUCCCAUCUCUUACAAAGCAAGAGGCUGCCCCCCCUUGCUCUGCCUUUGUUGGGGUGGUCAGAAGACCCCGGACAAACUACACAACAAAACCUCCCUCCUAUGAGCCUGUAAAACAAGAGUGAGUUCUUUGCUCAAGUUUCAGAAGAAUUUUCUUUCACAGAUAGACCACUGUUAAGGGUAGGGGAAUCUGAGCCAAUUUGUGCAAUAGAAGCAGAAGGGUUUGAAACCCUUCUGCCAUCUUGGUAUAUGCCUCCCACAUUAUUUAUUUGUCAGAACACACGCUACCUACUGUUGCCUCUUGAGGCUACCACAUUUUUGCUUCUGUCUCUGCCCUUUGGUGAAUCAGAGACAGAGCAGGAGCUGAGUGAAACAGUAGUCUGGAGAGAAGAUGGCGGCUAUGUUGCCACUGUGGCUGCAGAAGCACAAGUAUUUCUGCCUAACUUAUUUGCUCUUGCCCCCAAAAUGAUGUGGAGCAAAGGGAAAGAAGGAACUUAAUCCAGGGCAGGAGCAAGACUCAUGGUCAACAAAUUUCUCUCCCAUUCCACCAUGAUAAACAGAAUAACAGAAUUGUUGGGGGUGAAGAGAAACAAUCACUAUUUUUUCCCCUUUUCUAUCUGGUACAUAAUUAAAAGAAAAAACAAAUCAUG